UGAUUUCUUUACACGCAUCUGCUGAAUCCUCCCCCGAGGUUCCAGUUAGAGAACUGCGGCCUACGUUCCUCAGCCCUCUAGACACGGAGGAGAGUUGGCCGGUGCUGGUGGGCUGCUCUGGGCCCCGGGGGCGAAAGGGGGGGAGGUUACUGACGGACGGACUCAGGGGACAGGAGCACUCGCAGAACUGAGAGGUUUUCUUGCCUCCCCUUCCUCUUCAGACAGUGUAUCCCCCCUUCACCCGCCCCCCAUUCCAUAUCCCAGCAAUUUUAGGGCCGUGACUUUUCUGAUUGAAGAAAGCUUCCCCCACACAGCAUCAUCUCCCCUCUCCAACAACAAAUCGUGUAAUCUUGUUAUUUGUGGAUAAAAGGCUGUGAAUAAGGCCGCCAAAAGCCCUCCCUGAUACUCUUACCAGGAAACAGUAAUUCUCCCUAGAAGUAGACAAGGAAGAAGUAACUCUGUGACAUAAACCUGCUGUUGGUGGAGGCCCAAAGAUCUGAUCUGAGAAGUUGACGCCCGAAGUUUCUUCUUUUGGAGUCACGACAAGUGUUUAAAUAACUAAGCACCUUUUGAAACCCCACGGGGGGCGGGAAAUAGUAGUUUGAUGUCCUUUGGGGUAACUAAAGGACAAGAAAAUGGAUGAUUUCAUCUCCAUUAGUCUUCUGUCGCUGGCCAUGCUGAUAGGAUGUUACGUGGCUGGAAUCAUCCCCUUGGCUGUUAAUUUCUCCGAGGAGCGACUAAAGCUGAUAACUGUAUUGGGUGCCGGGCUUCUCUGUGGAACUGCAUUGGCUGUCAUUGUACCUGAAGGAGUACAUGCACUUUAUGAAGAUAUUCUGGAGGGAAAACACCACCAGGCCAGUGAGGCACAGAAUGUGAUCGCAUCAGACAAAGCAGUAGAAAAACCACUUAUACAUGAACAUGAGCACAGCCAUGAUCACACAAGACUACAUGCAUAUAUUGGUGUUUCCCUCGUCUUAGGCUUUGUCUUCAUGCUUCUGGUGGACCAGAUUGGCAGCUCUCAUAUGCAUUCUACAGAAGAUCCAGAAGCAGCACGCUCCAACAAUUCCAAAAUCACUACCACGUUGGGCCUUGUAGUUCAUGCUGCAGCUGAUGGGGUUGCUUUGGGAGCAGCAGCUUCUACUUCACAAACUAGUGUCCAGCUGAUUGUAUUUGUGGCAAUAAUGCUACAUAAGGCACCAGCUGCCUUUGGCCUGGUUUCCUUCUUAAUGCAUGCUGGACUGGAACGAAACCGGAUCAGAAAGCAUUUGUUGGUCUUUGCACUGGCAGCACCUGUCAUGGCCAUGGUGACAUACUUAGGACUAAGCAAGAGCAGCAAAGAAGCCCUUUCAGAGGUCAAUGCCACUGGAGUGGCCAUGCUUUUCUCUGCUGGGACAUUUCUCUAUGUUGCAACAGUGCAUGUCCUCCCUGAAGUGGGAGGACUAGGUCACAGUCACAAGCCUGACUCUGCUGGAGGAAAAGGACUCAGCCGCCUGGAGGUGGCAGCUCUGGUUUGGGGUUGCCUCAUCCCACUCAUUUUGUCGAUUGGACACCAGCAUUAAAUGUUCAGGUCCCAGCCUCUGUCCUUGGUCUUUCAGAAGUCUGAUGUGGAUAGCACAUUACAGCUGCUCAAUUCCUGUCUCUUGUCUUACCUUGCCUAGCUCCACCAAUAUUUCAGAAGCCCAGUGAGGAUUGUGAUGUAAAACUCAGAGUACUAGAAAUGCUUUUUAGCAUAACAACAUAUUACAUAUGCCUAUAGAAAUUCUUUGGUUAUUUUACAUUUUUUAAAAGACCCCUUCACAUUUGAGUUUUUAGGAUUUUGAUUACCCUCUUCUCAGGAAAAAUGAAAUUUAGAUUUCAAGGUAAAGUGGAGGACUUAAUUGCUCACUUUAAAAUAAUAAUUAUUGAAGUAUAGUAUUCAAAAUUCAUCUUUCAUUCUUGGGUUGACACAUAUUGAACUUCCCUCCUCUUUAGUUUAAGGGAUCUCUGAACUUGUUUUUGUUUUUAACUUGGUCUUUGCCAUUUUGACACUGGUGCUUAUUAACAUCUGUGUCCCAUGCCUGGACUAUAUGCUGAAAGACGAUUGAGUCUGGGUUUGUUGAAAACAGAAGAAAAAUUAUGAGUGAGUACACAAAAAGGAAACAAUUGGGGUAGCACAGAUUAGGAAGGAAUGAAGUACUUGCUUCUGCUUCUCUGCAGGAAAGGGUAAAAUCCCAGAAAAUUAAAGAUAAGGAAAUUUCUUUCUAAAGAGAUGACUGACUAGUUUUAUAAAAUAUUUUUCUCUAAGUUUCCCCUGGAAGAGUUCCAGCCUUCAGCAUAUUCCUAUGGAGCAGCACCACAGCUUCAGGCCAUUUCCAGGGACUCAGAUUUGCAGAGUAUCUUUAGAAAUGAAGAGAUACUAAACUGGAAACAAAUUAUGGAUAUUAAGGAGAGAGGUCUCUGGAUCAUUUUUAAAGUUAGAAUAACUGAAUUCCAUGUUGUGAGUUUUCUUGUUUUUAAAAAGUAUUAAUGUUGGCAGAACAGCAAUCCCUUUGGUAAAAUAAGUGGUGCAUUUUGGGGAAUGCUAAGUAUGCUUCCAGUAAGCAUCUUUUGUGGUAAGGAAAAGUCAUGCUAUAUCAUAAAUGAGAAGUGUUUUCCUUGUAAUUGAAAUCAUGUCCCCUGAUUUUUCCCCCUCUUGCCUCUGAGAUAAAACUUUUCCCUCUAAGCUUUUAUACACAUCAUUCCCUUUUUCUCCUCUCUACUCUUCCCGUAGGCAACUUGGUGGUGGGGAUGCUAAUAAAUUCUACAGGAUUUAGUUCUCAUCAGGACACCCACUCUUUGGAUUAUGUUGAAGCUCCCAUUUCUUCUAACUAGGUAAUUUUCAUCCAGUGCAAAUUGUCUAAGCCUUUAAAUUACUUACCUUCUUAGGAGAAAUUUGUCACAAUAGUUAAAAUGCUGGACCUCCUUUUACUUUUCGAAGAAAUUUUUUUUAGUUGUAAACCUGUUCAAUAUAUACUCAGUGAGCUUCUACUCUUAAGCCCUGACAUUUCCCAAAUCAGUGCUCUGGAUGUUUUGAGUCCCUGUUAACCCUUUGAUGGGACUGAAAAAUAAAUGUUGUAGUUUUAACUUUUGAUUUACUUUUUUUAAUCCCAGCUCCAAACAUGUUAUCACAUAAAGGGGAACAAGAUUAUCUUUCUCCAGUAAAUAGAUUUUCUUAUCCCAUAAAAAUUAUUUGUGACACACAAGCUGUAAUAUGCCUGUGAUUACUUACUAAUUUAUCAUUAUUAGCUAUAGAUUUGCAAGCCCUCUUGGCUGCAGACCAAAGCUAAAUAGUAAGUUACUUCCCCUGACCUUCCCAUUGCAUCACUUGUACUUAAGAUAUACAGAAGAUAUUGUAUAGAAAAUAUGUGACUUUCUUAGCCAGACAAGAUAGAUUUGGGGCUUCAUCUUGCCCUUCAAAAUUACUUGGUUGCCUUGAAUUCUAUCUAACAUUGCACUUUUGCUGUCAAAUAAAUUGCACAAUUUUGGUGUUUGGUUUGGAUGGGAAUUUUACCAUCUAGCUCUUGUGCAGUGAAUAGAUGUUACUCUGCUGGCCAAAGACCCUUUCAGCAGUGCCUUGCCAUUAUCUUUAUGAGUUUGGCUAGAAUCUUGCUAUGCAGGGCCUUGGACACUAACAAGGAUUAAACUAUUUUCCAGAUCUACCUUCAUCUGCAACUUCACCAUCACAGGCCAAUCUGUCAGGACUAAUUAGUUCCUAAGAGCAUUGUCUGUAAUUCUUCUUAGACUUUUGGUUUUUUCUGCCCCAGGAAUUCCUUGUCUUUAUUCAAGGUCAGCAGAUAAAAAUAGCCAUAAUAAAUUUGUAGGGCUCAAACACUUCUCCACGCAGCAGAGCGGUUUAACCAAGAUCUUUGGGUUUAAAAAAAGAGAAAAAGAAAAAAGCUAUACUAAUGUGACAUAUUGCACUGGGGGAGAGGCCAUACUGAUUGUAACUUAAUGAUACGUUUCUGUCCUGUUUUUCCCUUGUUUAGACCUGCCUCUUUAAAUGUGGAUGCCUUAAUUCUAUAAUAGGUAUUACAUCAUUGGUGAUAUGUAAGUUGCUGCCAUGAUUUUGGAUGGAAUUUUUGGCUACCAAAGAGAUACACAACUUAUAAUGAAAAGCAUUGCUUUUUUCAGUAGCCAGAGUUCAUUUUAGUUUCAAUCUGGCUCCCUUUAUGGUACAAGACUUUGCUCAGAUCCAGGAUUUUCUCUUGACUAGCAAUUUAAACGAAAAGUCUCUGAAUCAAAAUUAGAUCACACCUCAAAGUAUUUUCAGGUAGCCACAUAUCAAUUGCCAUUUCUUUUGAAGUAUGAUUGAUCCUUUGAUGCUCAAUUUGGUUUUGCUUUGAUUUUCCAUUGCUAGGUUGUCUUAGUAUAGGCAGAGGUUCUGCACUGGAACACUGAGAGUUGGGAAAGGCACUACCUUCAGAGGCUACAUGCUCCUUCUUCUUGCCCUUCUCCCUUUCCCCCUAACUCUGUGCUCACCACAUCAGCCAUUUUGCUAUAUUUUUGUGUUUUCAGUCAUUGGGAAAGGAAGAAAAAUGGCUGCUUAGAAUAUCUGUUCCUUGUGGUAACAGAGAAAACUGUAUUCUUCUUUUUUUUUCCCCACCAGCCUAAAAAUAAACUGCCUGGUUUUUCCUUUCAAGUGGAUGAGAAUUAGCAAGAACAACACACCAGCAUCAGACUAUCUUAAGCAGCUGAAAUACAUUACGUGUUGGUAGGGAGAUGCUGAGCACAGGAUUUUGAUGACUGUCUCAACACAAAAUCCCAAAGAACAUUCCUACUUACUGUGUGUAUCAAUCUAAUCUCUUGAGAGACUUAGGACACUUAUUGAUAACUGCUGAAUUGGAGGAACCCUUUAUCUUUAUCUUACAGGAAUCCUCCAUGCAGUAGUAAAUAUGUGCCUAGUUACAGUAUAUUCACUGUUCACAAAAAAAGUAAGAGAUGCUGUGAAUCAAGUCAGCGAUGUUACUUACCCUCUUUGUUCCUUCAGCUCAUUGAUAUCAACCUCAGGUGAUCUGGAAGGAAGUAAUUAUUUGUGGGAAGGGAACAUAGAACAUUUUGGUAACUCUCCAGUUCUACUCAGCCUAAUGCAAGUGCUGAACACAAGAAGAUUGGCUAAUUAUUUUUUCUGGCAGCAUCUUUAUUAAGUUAGAUUUCUAUGGGAUAACAUUGCUGUUCUCCUGACUCAGAGGCUUGAACAGUGAUUUUAAAUGUCUCUCUUCUCAAUCCUUUGUAAACAUGAAAUCAUUCCAUGGAUGGCUGCCUUAUAAUUUUGUCUUUUUCCACUUUAAUUGUGAACAGUUUAAACAAAGUUGCUGUUUUUUGAUUUGUUUUAUGAUAUUAAAUUUUUAUUAGUGCAUUA